AUGCGUCUUAAUUCUGGAAGUAGCGCUCACAAUUUAGAGGAAAUAAAAGUAUUUUCUGAGUGGCUACUUAAAGUUGGGGAUGGUAAUCUUGGAGAUGAUGUUGAUGGGGAAUCUAUUAUAACAAUUCCAGAUGAAUUGCUGAUUAGAGAAUCGGAAGAUCCGCUGUCGGAUAUGGUUAAUUUUGUUUAUCCGAAUCUCUUGGAUAAUAUUUUGGAUCAGACCUUCUUUAAAGAACGUGAUAUUCUAACUCCUAAAUUGUCCGAUGUUGCUAUGUUAAACGAGCACCUAAUGUCUAUGAUUCCUGGUGAAGAAAGGACUUUUUUGAGUUCGGAUAAAAUUCUUAAGCAAAGUGGGACUUCCUCUGUUGAGGAUGAUGAAAUCACCCCUGAGAUCUUAAAUACAUUAUCAUGCUCAGGGAUUCCUGAUAAUAAAUUAAUCUUGAAAGUUAAAGUUCCAAAUGACGAUGAGCCCAUCGAGUCAUACAUUUCCUGUAAAUUUCCAAAGAAGACAAUUCCCCCUGAUUGUAUCGUUUGCCAUGACUAUCAACAAUAG